ACUAGACUCGCAGGUAACUGUCAAGUCAUUUGAAAACAAACUGUUAGAGUCGGCGGUUUUGUCCGUUUUAGUGUAAAGGACGUUUGUAGUAACAGUAUAUUAUGAAGAACCGAUAAGUGCGUGUGUUUGUAAAUCUAAAUCUUAUUUUCCUUCAGCGGAGAGUUACAGGAACAGCGAUGACGCCUCUUCUCUGAGCUGAAACGAAAGAGGAAGUGAAAGUUAAAGCAGUUUACACAGCAGAAGAAGCCAUAACAAGUCAAGAUUCAACCGAAACAAACGUUUCAAGUUUCUCUACAAGUAAAGGUAACUAUCUAACUCUGGCUAUGUCUCCAAUGAUCAAGAAAAGGCUGUAAUAUUGAAGACCAAAGCGGUUAUAUUGAAGUUUUUCUCUCUUUACUGUCUAACAGUUAGUUAGUUUGUUUGUAAAGUUCGCUCGUUAGUUUUGUUGCUGUCAUUUAAACUCUAAAUUAUCAUGUUAGUAACAUUAGUUUUUGCUCAUUUGAUGUCUCUUCGUGUUUAGUUUAUAGCUGACAAAAGUUGUGAAUGUUUAAUUAGUUUUCUUUUUUAUUUGUUUUAGUUUUGGUUUGAUAUUUAUUUGGAUCCCGGUUUGUACGGAGGCCUUGUGUGGACAUACUGAUUUCCUGAAGUCCGCUGAGGUAGUUAACGAUAAAACAAUGUCCAAGCAUAAAACAAUUUAAAACACAAUGUAAAGAAUAUGUUUUCACGGGAUACAGGGAUGUACUAUCAUAUUAACUGUUAUCAUUAUCAUCUUUUUUUGUGUUAUUUUCACUGUGGUGGUUAUUUUUAUUGCUAUUAUUAUGAUGAUUAAUAUUCUUAUAUAAUAUUAGGAUGUAUAUUUAAGCCAUUAGUGUUGGAGACAGUGUGGGACUAGAUAAGUCUCGACUUCUUGUCACUACCAUGACAACCUCGUUGUGUGCUGUAUUUGUGUGUUUCUCAGCAGGAUCCUGAUAUUCUUCAUCUACUGAGCAAGAUGUCAUCAUUACGAUACAAGUACUUCAUCUUACUGAGAAAACUUGAACACCCAAGCCACCUUAAUCCUGGAUCCAUAUGCUACAUGACUGCAUACAAACACAAAUCAACACUCGAAAGAUCACCUGCUGCUAAGUUUGCGGUCAGGUUUGUAGGCUCACUAGCAUCGUUAGAUUAUGAUAUAGAUGUGAAUAUGAUGGAGGAGCUGAGUGAGGAGGAAGCCAGGUUUCUGCUGGCUCUUCCUGAGGACCCAGAGAGGCUGAAUUGGUUCAAGAAGAGAAACGCUCUUCAGACAGCACUGACACUCACUGAGGGCACAGCGGUGAUUGUGGAUGAAGACGGAGAGCAGCUCAAAGGAAUCAUCCGCUACAUCGGUGAAAUUGCAUACACUUGCUCCUCUCCAAUCUCAGGAACUUUCUUUGGCAUUGAGCUGCAGGUGAGAGCCUUUUAAAGACUCAUUUUACCACACUGAAAACUGUCCACACAAAAAGAGUUUGGGGUUUUGAACUUUUGUCAUUUAAAGGAAUAUAAAUGUUGUUUUAUGAUUAGCGGGUAGCCUUUAUUCAAAGGUGCUGCUGUGCUUCUCGUCCUCACAGGGAGCAGACAGAGGAAAGGGGAAAACUGGUGGAACCUUCAGUUACAGAAAACUCUUCACCUGUCCAAAAGAUUGUGGUGUUUUUGCACCGUUCUCCAGAGUCAGGCCAGCCGAGCCCAGCUCACCAUCCAUCCUUCAGUCCUCCUCUCAUGCAGAAACAGAAGAGAAGCUCAACAUAGGGGACAGAGUCACUUACUUCGUCGAUGACAACAGCCACCACGGGAUGGUGGUGGACAUGAAGCAGCAUGGUGAAGAACUUGUUGUCAGGAUCUCCACGGUAAGUCAUAUUUCUGGUUCAGUUAAAAAUCAGCUAAACACAAGAGUUUCCAGUAGGAUGAAAUAUUCUUUGUAACUUCUGUUGUUGGGUCACUGUAGAAGUGACUUAUCCAUCAGGGAGUCCCAUCCUUCAGGACAGAGUUUUUCUUUUUUUCCUGUUUUCAGGAAACAGAUGAGAACGGGAAGCGAGGGGGUGAAAUCGAGGUUCCUAUGCAUUGUGUUGCAAAGGGGGAGGUGUCUGCAGGUUUGAGCGUUUCUUUAAAUAAUGAAGAGUGAAGCCCUAGAUCUGUAUUUCCUACAGAUCUGACCUACAGGUGUUUUCCUCUUGCAGUAGAGAGCAUGGAUGUCGACACACCUCCAGUGGAAGCACCCACUGAUGGGGAGGAUCUCUACUCGGAUCUGAGCCUCGACUCUCUGGUCGAGGUUUCUGUGACCACAGGGAAUUUAUAUGGGAUCAUCCGCUGGAUCGGCAACCUACCUGAACGACCUGAGACCAUGGCCGGACUAGAGCUGGUAAUGUUUGGGGGGGGGGGGGGGGGGGCAUGAGGAAAUCAGGACAUGAACAAUAUUAAGAACCAAUCAGCUGACUUUUUUGGGUCAGAUUACAUUUUGAAGUUGUUCCUUCAAUUUAUUAUUGAUCUUAAAAUUAAAAACUUGAUUCUUCUUCAUUUAUCCAUCUACAGGAGGAGGAAAAAGGAGUGAGUGACGGCACCUUCAAAAAUGAGCGUUUCUUUCGAUGCCCUCCCAAGAGAGCUCUGUUUGUGAAGUUCAGCUCCUGCCGCCCUGACUCACGGUUUCAGUGCCCAGCAGCCAAUCACAGCAAGAGGAGUUCAAAUAUGGGGAACACGGGUAGGGAUGAGAUUUAUCAACUCAUUUCGGUUUGCUCCCAAGUAACGCCUUAAUUUGUGCCGUUGUUUAGGGAAAAUCUACGUUGAGUUGGUAAAGAGACGGCAGCAGAGUGAACUGCCCCUCCACCCUCUCCCUGCACCUCCAUGUGAUCAUUAGACACGUCAUAGUUUCACUGAAGUCUGAGCUGACUGCAGAUCAGUGAAAACUAACCAUCUGAAAAAAACUUACAGACUGUUCCUUUAAACAGCUGUCUUUGCUGUACUGAACAAACAGGCCAAGCAUGACGAACAGUGUCAGACCAAUACAUGAUGUCGUGUUUUUGUGGAGGAGGCCUGUGUGAAUACAUGAAUAACUGUUCCUGUGUGUAGAGGCAGAGAUGGAGCGCGACACACAAAAGUCGGAGAUUCCUAUCCCUCCGAUCAGCACGGAGCAGGUGAACCAGAUUCUGAUUGGACGAAUGAAGGGGAUCCAAGGCCACUGCAACUCCUGCUACAUGGAUGCUGCCCUCUUCAGGUCGGGAUCAUGAACUGAAGUCUAGCCGCGUUAAUUCAGACAGAUUUUCAUAUUUCAUGCGUGUGGUAACGUCUGUUUGUGUUCUCAGCUUGUUUUCCUGCUCCUCUGUUCUGGACUCCAUGCUGUUCAAAUCUACAGAACCUCAGGACGCCCCGAUUCAGAAUACUCUGCUUUAUGAUAUCGUCAACCCCCUCCGCAGGUGUGUGCGUCUCUGUUUCAGGUUUGUGUGGUAGUUUCUAUAUUAUAUAACUCUCUGUAUUUUAUUUUGUGUAUGUUCUGGCAGGAGGGGCUUUGUGGAGGGGCGGCACGUCAUGAAGCUGAGGCAGCAGCUGCAGAAUCACGGCUACAGUCACUCCUUCACCACAGACGAGAAGGGUACGUUUAAAGGGCAGUUACAAUGUUUUUAAGGAUGUUGUUUUUUUAAUCUCCAGCAGCACUUUUGCCUAAAGGUCUUAAAUUAAAAAAGCUCAGAGUUUAAAAGAGAAACACUGGUGUCUAAAAUGACUGCUGCUGCCGCUGUUGUCCUGCAGAUCCAGAGGAGUUCCUCACCGUCAUCAUGCACCACAUUCUUGCUCUGGACCCUCUGCUCAAACUGUACGUUUACACCAUCACAGCGUAUAUAUACCUCUUUCCCAGAGCUUAGCAUAGACGUACAAUCACCUUUCAUACUUCUCUCCGUCUCUGUAGGAGCUCGGCUGGGAGCAAAGUGCAGGAUAGUUACUGCUAUCAGAUUUUCUUGGACCAGAACCACAGCCUGGUGCUGCCGACAGUCCAGCAGCUGCUGGAGCACUCGUUUCGCAGCGCAGGACUCAAGCUGGCAGAGGUAAGCCUGUGGUUUUUGUUCAUUUGCAGUCAUGAUGAUUCAACUUUUUUAAUGUCUUCCUGUUUGGUCAAACCCAAAAGUUGUUUUACAGACGUUUUUUGAAAUCAUAGAUCCUGGUUCUUACUGUUGAAAGUUCCUCAAAAGGUCCUGAACUGAACUCGGCUCUUCAAGUUCUUUGUAUUUCUUGUUGUGGGACUUAUAAAGGAGUAUCUUAUCUUCUCUUAAAUCACCAUGCAGUACUCUAAUAAUGUACUUUUUAAUGACUGUGUUAUUGUUGUGGUUAAAUCCUCAUAUGGACUCGCUCCUUCGCCUUUCUGCACACGUAUAAAGAGACCGCAGAGCCGCCAACACAGCCUCAAGUGACGACUGUAAAGUUUCAUUCCUCAAAACAUUCAGUCUUUUAUUGACGCAGAAGUCCUUUUAAGGAUUCACAUCCAUAAACACUUUGAGAUGCAUCAGAUGGACAGUCCCAGUUUAUCUUUAAAUAUCCGUCCUGAACAAAUAAACCGUAAACAGAUGAUGGCUUCGUCUGGAUGUUUUUAUGCUUUUGGUGCAGAGCAGAUUCUCCACGGGGACAAUAACAGUUUCAUUUCUUCUUGAUGCGAUCAUCAUUUAAAAGGAUAAACCUAAAGUGGAGAAAUUCAGACCUUUUAAAAGUUAUAAUAAUUACCCAAACCCCUCUAACGCCCUACCUUAAUUCAUUUGCAGGUUUUCUUUUUAGCACAUUAAGCUGAAAUCAUUUCAUCUUGAAUUUAUAAUUAUAAUGCAUUAUAACAUAUAAUUAAUAUGUUACUAUAAAAAAUCUUCUUAUAAUAUUUUAACAUUAGUCUGUAAUCCCAGAGAGCUCACUAAACAAGUCAGUCUUAGUUUUAAUUCUCAGAACUUUCAACAGCAUGUGCAGUUAUUCAGGGGAGUGAAGCUUUCUGUAAUCCUCCAGUAGAUGGCGCCAGAGCAGUGGAUUAAACCACUGUUCAUUGUUAAACCAUUGUUUAAUCCACUGCUCUGGAUGGCGCCAUCACUGAGUGUUUCAGCCUCUGGAUUAGAUUAUUUUUCUGACUCUUUCAUUUCAUCAUCUGAUGAUUCCAGGCUCCAUCCUGCCUCAUCCUCCAGAUGCCUCGCUUUGGGAAGAAAUUCAAAAUGUUCGACAAAAUCAUUCCCUCUCUGGAGCUGGACAUCACUGCCCUCCUCUCCGAAGGUAAUGCACACACACACACACGUAUAUAUGGAUAUAACACAGAGCAGCAUGAGUUAACACUGAGUGCAACAUGUGUUGUUUGUGUGUUUCAGGCCUUCAGACGUGCAUGCUGUGUGGAGGCCUGGCUCAGGAAGAGUGCAAAGACUGUUUUGAAGAUCCUGUUUUCAGCCAGACUGGAUUCAAAGUCUUCUGCAGGACCUGCUCCAGUCAGGUGCUGUUUGUUUCUCUACAUCUGAGUCAUUAUUAUGCAUGUAUUUUUUAGCAUGAGUCCGUUUAGUUAGACUCUAAAUAUAAAAAAACUUGGGAGAAACCACCAGAUAUCUAAGAACUUCAACCCAACUCUGCAGGUUCACUCUCAUCCUCAACGCCGGUCCCACAAACCAGUCGAUGUCGACAUCCCUAAGGGUUACCUGAGUCAGGGCACACCUCACACCCUGACCAGAGACAAACUGGAGCUGUUCGCCGUGCUCUGCAUCGAGACGAGCCACUACGUGUCCUUCAUCAAACACGGACCAAACAACCAGGACUGGAUCUUCUUUGACAGCAUGGCGGACAGAGAAGGUGAGCCGUCCUUCGUCGUCUCAGUCCACACUCCUCUUAUCUCAGACUACUUCAGCUCAUUUGUCGUUUUUUCUCCAGGCGAGAGAGACGGCUUCAACAUCCCAGAGGUCCAGGCCUGCCCUGAGGUCGGCAUGUACCUGGAAAUGUCCCCCUCUGAGCUGGCCAAUCAGGUGCCUCGAGACAUGAAGGGUGUGGCCAAACGCCUGUUCUGUGACGCCUACAUGUACCUGUAUCAGAACACCAGCAUGUACCUCUAUUGCUGAGGGAGCACUUUAUUAUCAUUUCUUUAAACUUUCUUGAUUUGCUGGUUCGUUAUAAAUGUGUGGACGAACACAUACGGACAUUUAAAACAUGUUCUAUUUCUUUGUUGAUUGUUUGUUCGCCCUGGUGCUGGGAAUUUAAUAAUUUAUAUCGACAAUAUUUCUGUGAUGUUACAGGAAGAAACAGCAAAAACUGACACUGUUUAAUGAAUGAAUUUGCACUAAAAAAAAAAAAAAAAUUGACAAUCACCAACAUAUUUUGGCAUUUUGCACUUUGAUAUAGUUAUUCUGCAGGUUCCUGUUGAUAAAAAAAUCUGUAAAAGCUUUAUUUACAUUUUUCAUAGUGAGAAAAAAAGACUUUAUUCAGGUUAAUAUAUCCCCAAAUUUCAUAUUUGCUUUUUUAUGAUAAUUGUAACAUCAGUAUUUUUGUAAAUAACUAUUUUCCAGUUCGCUCGUUAAUAGCACUGUUGUAUUAAACCGCUCUCUCACUAAUGAGACGGUUUUUGAAGGAUGGUGAAGGAAGUUUAAUUGUUUGUUUUUUUUGGCUGAGGGAAAUGUUGACUUUCUAAUAAACAACAUUUUAGUUUUUAGUUUCUAAGUGUUGCUGCCUCUCCUAAAUUCUAAAUGAAAAGACAAAAACAGAUUGCACUGUGCAGAAACUUCACUUAAAAAGAGUCCUGAUAGGAUUUGAUGUCUUUUUUAUUUUUACUGCUCGGUCAUUUCUACUGGUUUUGAUGUUUUGUAAAUCCCAACGGUGUAAUAAAAACAUAUCCUACAUUCUACAAACU